AUGUUUUCAUUUGCCAAAAAAUUAGUUGAUAGGUUUGAGGGACAUACAACAGAACCAUCUAAUGAUAUAUAUUUCAAAAAUGCUACUCAAAUAAAUAACAAAGGAUAUGCUUUACGAGUUUUAAAUGUAAUUCCUCAUUCAAUUGCACAUCAAAAAGGUUUUGAAUCUUGGUUUGAUUACAUUAUUAAAAUUAACAACCAUGAAUUACCAAUGCUUUAUCCGUCUUUAUCAAAUUACUCAUACUCGAUUAACGAAGAUGGAAGUAUCAAUUACGGAGGAAAUACAACUCCAGAACAAGCAGCAGCUAUAGAUUACGAAUUACUAGCAAAAGAAUUAUCAACAUUGGCCAAGAAUAAACAAGAAGUAAUACUUGAUGUUUGGAGUGCAAAAGGUGGAGUAUUGAGACAAAUAAGUAUAGACUUGGAUGAAUAUACCCCAUCAGAAGAAGAAGAAGCAACUGGAUAUAAAUUAUUUGAAAAUAAUUUUAAACAAAUUGGUCUCACAGUUGAAUCACAACAUUUGAAUACAUCAACUUUCGUAUGGAGAAUAUUAAACACACAUCCUGGAUCUCCAGCAUUUAGAUCACAGUUAGUACCACACUCAGAUUUUAUUAUAGGUUGUGAUUCAGCACUUGAUUCAAAUUCAAAAGGUUUAUUAAGUAAAGGUGGUGAAUCAUUACUUUCAAAUACAGUAGCAAAUUAUUAUAAUUAUCAUCAGAAUGCAAAUGGUGAUAAUGUUCCAAUAACUUUUUUUGUUUAUAAUCAUGAUUAUGACAUUUUACGUCCUGUAACUGUUAACUUAUCACGAAAUUGGGGAACUGGUCAUAAUAGAGGAAUUUUGGGGUGUGAUGUAGGUUGUGGAAUACUUCAUAGAAUACCAGAAGUUAUUGGAAAAUUUGAACAAAAUUCAAUUAUAGAUGAUGUAUUAUUUAGUCAAGAUCAAACUCAAGAAGAAUCGAUAUAUACUGUACCACCUCCAAUUACUUCAUCAAUAAAUAACCCACCGCCACCUCCAGUUGCUUCAGCUCCUCCAAAAGCUUCUGGAACAAGAAAGAAGAAACAUGUAGCUCCAACGAAAGCUGAUGGUUUAAGUGACUAUAUGAAUGAAGAAUUAGAAAAAUCUAAACAUUUGGAGGAAGCUUCAAAACCUAAAACGAAUGCAGACGAUGCUGUACCUCCACCUCCCCCACCGACUAAAGCUAGUUAG